CCGCAAGCCGCGAAGCUUCGGUGUCAAGACAACCAAAGCGUAGACGAAGUCUUCGCUUCGCAGCGCCGUUUCUCGACGCUCGCCUCCAGUCGCGCAGUUCACACGCUCGCGUCGUCGCAAAGAUGUCCCUCAUCGUCGGUGACGACUUUCAGCACAUUCUCCGUGUGCUGAACACCAACGUCGAUGGCCGCACCAAGGUCAUGUACGCGCUGACCCAGAUCCGCGGUAUCGGUCGCCGCUUCUCCAACGUGGUGUGCAAGAAGGCUGAGAUCGACAUGGGCAAGCGCGCCGGCGAGCUCUCCGCCGCCGAGCUCGAGUCCCUCAUGGUGAUCGUGUCCAACCCUCGCCAGUUCCGCAUCCCCGACUGGUUCCUCAACAGGCAGAAGAACUACAAGGACGGCAAGUACAUCCAGCAGGUGUCCAACCAGCUCGAUACCUCCCUCCGUGACGACCUCGAGCGCCUUAAGAAGAUCCGCAACCACCGCGGUCUUCGCCACUACUGGGGUAUUCGCGUCCGCGGUCAGCACACGAAGACCACCGGCCGUCGCGGCAAGCGCUAAAUCGCUAGGGCUUUCGAUGGGAAAGGUUUUCCCACCGGGGGUGCUGGCGGUGUGGGGGUCUGGAUGCGCGUUCACGUUUGGCGCGCGUUCGAGACGGGCCGACCGGGGUUCAUGAUGUCUCCAUCGUAAGUCGCGCUCCCAGGGCGCCGAGAGCGACGCGGGUAUUGCGGCGGGGGUGCCCGCGGAGCGCGGCGGGUGGAGUCGAGCCUGAAGCCUGGGUCGGCAACUUGGGUUUCAGAGGCUGUGGGUGAGAUAUAGCAGCAUACUUGCCUAGAAAUAUUGAUCCACUCCUCGUCAAUC